CGUCAACCAUUGCGGCUUAUGCUCGAACUCGUUACCGCAUCUGCGCAUUCCGGAGCUCAGCUGAAGACACGUUGGGGCGAAAACAUGGCGGACGACGUUGUGGAAAGCGUGAAGCCAAACACAGACGAAACCCUCGAAGGUUUGAGUAGUGACUGUGAUAACAGUCACUUAGAUAGCGUAGAAAACGAGGAGGCAGUAAAGACCUUCAAGGAUUUGGGUGUUACCGAGGUUCUCUGUGAGGCUUGUGAUCAGCUGGGAUGGAAGAGUCCAACAAAGAUCCAGAUAGAAGCUGUUCCAGUAGCCCUGCAAGGGAGGGAUGUUAUCGGCCUGGCAGAGACGGGUUCAGGGAAGACUGGGGCCUUUGCGCUGCCCAUCCUGCAGUCGCUGCUGGCCUCGCCCCAGAGGCUCCACACUCUCAUCCUCACCCCUACCAGGGAGUUGGCUUUUCAGAUCUCUGAGCAGUUUGAGGCCCUGGGUUCCAGCAUUGGCAUUAAGUGUGCUGUCAUAGUUGGAGGAAUCGAUAUGAUGUCCCAGUCCUUGGUGUUGGCUAAAAAACCACACAUUGUUAUUGCCACACCCGGUCGGUUGAUAGACCACAUGGAGAACACAAAGGGCUUCUCCCUACGAGCUCUGAAGUUCCUGGUCAUGGACGAAGCCGACAGAAUCCUCAACAUGGACUUUGAGACGGAGGUGGAUAAAAUCUUGAAGGUGAUUCCCAGAGAGAGGCGCACCUUCUUGUUCUCUGCCACCAUGACCAAAAAGGUCCAGAAACUACAGAGAGCCGCUCUGAAAGACCCCGUCAUGUGUGCGGUGUCCACCAAAUACUCAACAGUAGACAAACUCCAGCAGUACUACGUCUUCAUACCAUCCAAGUACAAGGACUGUUACCUGGUGUCCAUCCUCAACGAGCUGGCCGGCAACUCCUUUAUUAUUUUCUGCAGCACGUGUAACAAUGCCCAACGGGUGGCGCUGUUGUUAAGGAACCUUGGCAUCACCGCUAUCCCUCUUCAUGGCCAGAUGAGUCAGAACAAGCGUCUCGGAUCGCUGAACAAGUUCAAGUCCAAGUCUCGGUCGGUGCUGCUGGCGACCGACGUGGCGUCCAGGGGACUGGACAUCCCUCACGUCGACUGCGUCAUCAACUACGACAUCCCCACUCACUCCAAGGACUACAUCCACAGAGUCGGACGGACAGCCAGAGCAGGGCGCUCUGGGAAAUCCAUCACUUUUGUCACUCAAUAUGACGUGGAGCUCUUCCAGCGAAUCGAAAGCCUGAUUGGGAAGAAACUUCCGGCCUACCCAACCCAGGAAGAUGAAGUGAUGAUGUUGGUGGAGAGGGUGAGCGAGGCCCAGAGAUUUGCCAGGCUGGAAAUGAAGGAGCAAGGCGAGAAAAGGAAAAGGCCCAGAGGAGGAAAUGGAGACGAGGAUGACACGGAACAAGCAAGCGGAGUGAGGAAGAAAGUGAGAGGAGGAGGAGGAGGAGGAGGAGGAGGAGGAGGAGGAGGAGGAGGAGGAGGAGGAAGAGGAGGGAUGAAGAAAAGGGGUGCAGCAGCCUGGAGGGGAGGACGCUGAAGCCUCCUACAUUAAGACUGUACAGAACCAUAACAUGCUUUUCCUGCCCCUCUAUGAGAUUUUUCCAUUUGUAAUAAAAUGCCAUUGUAAAAACCAGA